UUCAAUGGUUUUUCAAAGAGUCGUUGGUUUUCGCGCGCUCUACAACGGCUCAUCGCGGGAGCCAUGCGCGUCGUGGAACUUGGCCAUUCGGCGCGCCGCUGACACCGGCGCACCCGCGCGGGUGCUGGAACUCUACCGGCGGAUGCGGGCUGAGAACGUGCCGCCGGACGGCCACACUCUCCCACCGGUAAUCAAGGCCUGCGCCCAGCUACGUGACCUCUCCGCCGGCACUGAGCUCCACCGAGAUGCCGCACAACUUGGUGUCCUCCCGAACCUCAUCGUCUCCAACUCCCUUAUCUCCAUGUACUCCAAAUGCGGCUGCUUUGAUCUCUCAAACAAAGUGUUUGAUGAAAUGCGUGAGAGAAAUGUGGUCUCUUGGAGCUCCAUGAUUGGUGCCUGUGCACAACAUGGACGUCCAACCAUGGCAUUGUUCCUCUUCAAGAAAAUGAUUUUGGAGAGAAUCAGACCCAAUAGACCCACUUUCUUGAACUUGAUACCUUGUGUCUCUCAGGUAGAGGAUGCUGAUGAAUUGAUUCGGUUUAUUGUGGAGGAAUGCCUUGAUUCAGAUUUGUUCAUCAAGAAUGCUGCAGUGUUGAUGUAUUCGCGCUGCGGUAGGAUUGGGAUUGCACGGAGGUUGUUUGAUGGGAUUGAAAACAAAGAUUUGUUCUCGUGGAGUGCAAUGAUCGAAGCUUUUACAAAUGCUGAUAUGUUUGACGAGACUUUGAAGGUUCUCAGACAGAUGAUGGCUCAAUGUGUUGAUCCAGAUUAUGUUACCGUGCUUGGGAUCAUUGGUGCUUGUUCGAAGUCGACUUUGUCUUCACUUAGGCAAGCAAAAUUCAUUCAUCGGUUUGUUGUGAGACAUUCUUUUGAGCAGAAUUUAAUGGUGGGGACAUCAUUGAUUGAUAUGUAUGUGAAGCGAGGGAGUUUGGAAAGCGCUCGUCGGGUCUUUGAUCAGAUGCAAGAGAGGAAUUUGGUUACUUGGAGUACAAUGAUAUCUGGUUAUGGAAUGCAUGGGAAAGGAGAAGAUGCUCUUGAGCUCUUUUAUCACAUGAAGCAUUUCUUCAGACCAGACCAUAUUGUGUUUGUGUCUGUGUUAUCAGCUUGCAGCCAUGCAGGCUUGAUUGAAGGAGGAUGGCAGUGCUUUAAUUCAAUGACUAGAGAGUUUGGUAUUGUCCCUAGAGCUGAACAUUACGCGUGUAUGGUUGAUCUCUUAGGAAGAGCUGGGAAGCUCAAAGAAGCUCGAGAAUUUAUCGAACAGAUGCCAAUAAAACCAGAUUCAUCUGUGUGGGGAUCACUACUUGGUGCUUGUAGAAUACAUCCAAAUGUUGAGCUAGCAGGACUUGCAGCCAGGUCACUCUUUGAAUUGGAUUCUAAGAACCCUGGCCGAUACAUUUGUUUGUCGAACAUUUAUACUUCUCUAGGGAAGAUUGACGAAGCAAAUCAGAUUAGGAACUUGAUGAGGAGGAGAGGAGUGAAGAAGACAGAUGGUUAUAGUGUUGUAGAGGUGAAGAACAAGGUUUACAAGUUCGUAGUUGGUGAUCAGAUGAAUCCACAAUCCAAACUGAUUUACAGGGAGCUAGCGAUACUGAUGGACAGGAUAAGAGAAGAAGGUUAUGUUCCAAAUACUAACUUUGCACUACAUGAUGUAGAGGAGGAGACAAAAGAGACAUCGUUAUAUGUACACAGUGAGAAGCUUGCAAUUGUUUUUGGGCUAAUGAAUUCAGCACCUGAUUGUGAUAUCAGGAUCCAUAAGAACCUGAGGGUUUGUGGAGAUUGUCAUACUGCAUCCAAGUUCAUUUCUAAGGUAACACAGAGGAGGAUAGUGAUGAGAGACUCUCAUAGGUUUCAUCAUUUUAGCAAUGGAAUGUGCUCUUGUGGGGAUUACUGGUGAAGGCUGUCCUAAUGGACCUGUUCCUAUCAUGCAUAAAUCACAAUAGAAAGAGAAUAAUGCCUGAAAGAGCCUUACACAUGGGACCAGAACUCAAUGAGUAUAUUUCUUUGGUAAAUGAAAUGAGUGAGCAACUGAUUGAUCCUUAAGUCAAAGUUAUGGUGGAACAUGCCAAUCAGUGCCUGACUGUUGAAUUGAAUUGGUCGAGGAUAAAUUUGUACAAGCUGAAUGACUGAUUACUGAUAUGAACAUCAAUCUGAUCAAAAUCCACCAAUUUUUGCUUUUUCUGUCUGGAAUUGGAUGUGAAGAAUAUCUAAACUUCUUUUCCUAUCUAGCAUCUACUGAAGCAGGACAUCCUCCAUGGCUGUAAGAUGUACGUCAAGCAUGACUUCUCCAAUCCUUCAUGUCAACUUCAAGACCCCUUCUCAACAGGUAGAUUUACAUGCAUUAAACUUACAGUAUGAGAACACAAACAAUACAUCCUUUUGAUCAAAAUACAAAUCAAUGCAUACAUGCAUGAAGUAAUUAGAUAUUCAGUUUAUAGACAAACAGAGCAACAACAAGCACAAUUGCACAUACCUACUGA